ACUCAACACAACACAAACACAUAGCAUAACUCAAAUCUCAUUUCAUUCAAAUUUCAAUUUCAAUGGCUCGUACAAAGCAAACAGCUCGCAAAUCCACCGGAGGAAAAGCACCAAGGAAGCAGCUAGCAACAAAAGCCGCCCGGAAAUCCGCUCCAGCCACCGGCGGAGUGAAGAAACCUCACCGUUUCCGUCCCGGAACCGUUGCACUUCGCGAAAUCCGCAAGUACCAAAAAAGCACAGAGCUUCUCAUCCGAAAACUUCCAUUCCAACGUCUCGUUCGUGAAAUCGCUCAAGAUUUCAAAACCGAUCUCCGUUUCCAGAGUAGCGCUGUUUCUGCUCUUCAAGAAGCUGCUGAAGCUUAUCUCGUUGGACUCUUUGAAGAUACAAAUCUUUGCGCUAUUCAUGCUAAGAGAGUUACCAUUAUGCCCAAGGAUAUUCAACUCGCUCGCAGAAUCAGAGGCGAGAGGGCUUAAGCAUAGGCUUAGGGUUAUUAAUGUAAUUUACUUGAAAUUUCGAAGAUUUAGCGUUUCGUUUUCUAAUGUAAUCGUAUAUCGGUGAUGUAAUGUUAUUAUUAUCGGAAUGAAAUGAAAUGAAAUUACUGGUUUCAUUAAA